AUGGCUUCCCCCCUCUUUUAUCUGCUCACUCUGACUCUCUUUCUCGCUAGCUCUCGCGGCCAACGACAGGGAACUAUCGGCCCUGUGGGGGACCUCGUCGUCUCCAAUGGAAAUGUCAAUCCCGAUGGCUUUGAACGCCUCGCUGCAUUGGCGAACUCGCAGAUAGAUGGCGCGCUCAUCACAGGAAACAAGGGAGAUACAUUCCAAAUCAAUGUUAUCAACCAGCUCGACAACAACACGAUUCUUCAGAGCACGUCUAUCCACUGGCAUGGUCUUUUUCAGAAAGGUACUGGUUGGGCUGAUGGGCCUGCGUUUGUGAACCAGUGCCCUAUCGUGAAAGGCGACUCGUUUCUCUACACUUUUGAUUCUGCCGAACAAGCUGGAACGUUCUGGUAUCACUCUCAUUUGGCCACUCAAUACUGUGACGGGCUUCGCGGGCCUUUGAUCAUCUACGACCCCAACGAUCCACAUGCUGAUCUAUAUGAUGUAGAUGACGACAGUACUAGUAUCUUGACGCUGUCAGACUGGUACCACACACCUGCCAAACAGUUGACUUUCCCCACUCCAGAUGCUAUACUUAUCAAUGGCGUGGGACGAUGGAGCGAGGACCCCACACAUGAUUUAGCUGUCGUGAACGUCACGCAGGGAACACGGUACCGCAUUCGGAUGAUCAACGUCGGAUGUGACGCAGCAUAUACCGUCUCUAUCGACAGCCACCUGAUGACAAUUAUCGAAGUUGAUGGUGUAAACAUCGUUCCGUACACCGUAGAUGAAAUCCAGAUCUUUGCUGCUCAACGAUACUCGUUUGUCUUAAACGCGAACCAGUCAAUUGGUAACUACUGGAUCCAUGCUAAUCCCAGUGUUGGUACGCAAGGUUUCGAAGGCGGUAUCAACUCUGCCAUCCUCCGAUACAAUGGUGCCGAUGAUGUGGAACCCAAUACUGUGAAUUUCACUAGUGUGUUGAAAAUGAAUGAGACUCAGUUGGUGACCCUCGAGAAUCCAGGAGCCCCCGGAUCGCCUGAAAUCGGAGGCGUCGACGUCGCGCUUAACCUCGACCUCGCUUUCACGAGCGCCGGAACGUUCACAAUCAAUGGCGUCCAAUUUAUUCCCCCGACAACUCCAGUCCUUUUGCAGAUUUUAAGUGGUGCGGAGAAUGCUAACGAUCUUCUUCCCGAGGGCUCUAUCUACAAUCUGCCGCUGAAUUCUACAAUCGAAAUUUCUCUGCCAGGCGGUGUCAUUGGUGGAGGGCAUCCGUUCCAUCUGCAUGGGCACAACUUCGACGUCGUCCGAAGUGCUGGUAGUACCGUGUACAACUAUGUGAAUCCUGUGAGGCGGGACGUUGUUAAUAUCGGCACCACGGGAGACAAUGUUACGAUCCGGUUCACCACCGAUAAUCCUGGACCUUGGUUCCUUCACUGUCACAUUGAUUGGCACUUGCAGGCUGGAUUUGCCAUUGUUUUUGCCGAAAGUGUGGAAAAUUGGAACUCUACCAUUGAUCCCACCGACCAAUGGGAUCAACUCUGCCCCAUAUACAAUGCUACGCCCGAUGAAGAUCUUUAA